CUCGAAAAAUUCUUAAGCUAUUUGGUAAAGGAGGAGUAGGUAUAGAUAAAAUCAAUUACAUUACAUAUAGUGCAAGUACUAUUUCGGGAUUGAAAGAUAUUCAAAUUCAACAUAUCAUAAAUCAGGUGGCAUCAAAAACCGUGACAAAAUGUCACGAUCAGAAUAAUUCUGAAGUAAGCGAAUAUCCGGACAAUUUACCAAAAGCUGAAAUAUCGGCAAA